CUUCUUCAGUGUUCAAGCUUCAAGCUCUGGCGCUUCUAUAAACGUUUUGAUCCGAUUUUGUAUAUUUUCCGCCGCGCCGUAGUGUGUCGUGUUAGCUUCAUCGGAGCACCAGAGACCGACCAGAGCGGUAAUUUUUGAAAAAAAAAGAACUACUCGUAUUGCUGGUGGCGCUUCGCUUAGCUUCGCUUCGGAAAAGUGCUUGCUUGUGCCUCUUGUGCUAUAUUGGGGGUGGUGGUUCAUCAUAAUUCCUUUGCGCUGAAGAAGUUGUGGAAACGUUUCUAUAUUCAUUCUUCUUGAAGUUUUGCUUUUUGUUUGGUGUGUGUGUGUGUUUUUUUUUUAGAUCUUUUCACUUCAUUUCCAACUCCCAUUACGGGGAUUUUUCAUCCAAGGAAUGCAACGGAUGUGUUAGUCGUUCAUUGAAUUUAGUCCCAAAAGGACAUCAACAUUUCAGAGUGCAUUUAGGUGUAAAAAGAAAAGAUUCUUUGGAUAUAAGAUAUAACUGAAUUUGUACUUCAAAAACCCCACAUCAUUACCAUCACCUGCAAAAGGGUUUACCACUCUUUCUCUCUCUUCUCACUUGAUUAUACUCCACCUUACCUAUCAACUUGUUGUUGAAUAAAAAAAAAUAAUUAUAUUGGAAAUUGUUCCUUUUUGUGGAUUGUUAUCAGUUUUAAAAAUUAUCACAAAACGCGUUAUGUGAUAAUAUUUCAUUUUUAUAUUUAAACAAAAAAAAAGUAAAUCAAUUACAAAAGAAAAUAAAUAAAUACAAAAAUAUAAAAAUAUUUACAAGUUUUUUAAAAAGAAGAAGAAGAAAAAUAAAAAUAUUAAUAAAUCAUUAUUAAUACCCUAUUUAAAAGUUAAGGUGUGCUUUAUGAUUUACUGUGGUUUUGAGAUAUCAAUUUACAGAACGUGAGUUGUGGUGUGCUCUCGCAGUUCGUGAAUAUGCCCCUACCGUGAAGUUAUGUAAAAUAAAACUUAAUGAUUUUGCGAUUUAAAUAAAAGUAGAGUGUGAUCCCUGAAAUAAUAAUAAAUAAGUUAUAAUAUUGAUCCAUUUGGGGAGUGGGUUUAAAAAAUCUUAUAGAAAUAUUAACAGAUUUUUCAGUGUCGUUAUGGUGAUAAAUUGAAAAUCAGAAAGCAGCGGAAACAACAUUAGGCCCUUAACAUUCUCAGGCUUUGGAAUAUUUUUCAGAAUUUAUUUCGAUAACUAAUAAGGAUCUUCGAAUAAAAGGAAUACUUGGUAAUGACUCACUUUUUUGAAUGGCUGAGCUGAAAAUAAAUCUUAAAAAUCAAAAUGGAUAAAAAUAAACUCAAACGGUUUCUAUCGCCUUGCGAAGUUCAGUUGGUGGCAAACACAACAACUAUUGACUCCGCACUGAAAUCUAGCCAUGAAUGAAACAGAGUGCGAGAACCUCAUACAAUCUGUAAAAUGGACAGAACCUGCAAGCCUAAUCUCAUUAGCCAUACUCGAAUUUAUAAAUGUUUUAGUCAUAGGAGGAAAUUUAUUAGUUAUAGCCGCUGUAUUUUGUUCAAACAAAUUACGUAGUGUUACGAAUUUUUUUAUUGUUAAUUUAGCUGUAGCUGAUCUUCUAGUUGGACUUGCUGUCCUUCCAUUUUCUGCUACUUGGGAAGUAUUUAAGGUUUGGAUAUUCGGAGAUGUUUGGUGUCGAAUUUGGUUAGCAGUUGAUGUCUGGAUGUGUACUGCUUCCAUAUUAAAUUUAUGUGCAAUAUCAUUGGAUAGAUACGUUGCCGUAACUAGACCUGUCACAUAUCCGAGUAUAAUGUCAACAAAAAAGGCCAAAUCACUAAUAGCUGGAAUUUGGGUUUUGUCAUUUGUUAUUUGCUUCCCACCAUUAGUCGGAUGGAAGGAUAAAAAGUUAGAAGUUGAAACUACCUAUAACAGGGGAAAUUAUACGCUUUACUAUGCUACAUCUACCACAACUUCAACCACUCAGUCAGCACCUCCACCGCCAUGUCCUUGGAAAUGUGAACUGACAAACGAUAGAGGUUAUGUCCUCUAUUCCGCAUUGGGAUCAUUCUAUAUACCAAUGUUCGUUAUGUUAUUUUUCUAUUGGCGAAUUUACCGAGCUGCCGUGAGGACAACUCGUGCUAUAAAUCAAGGAUUUAAGACCACCAAAGGUUCAAAGGGUAUCGGAUCACGUUUCGAGGAACAACGUCUCACAUUGCGAAUUCACAGAGGACGUGGUUCCCAUCAACAUGAUUCCACUCACAGCAAUGGUAGCACGCAAAGUACAACAACCACUCUUGGAACGCCAUCACCUGAGCGUUUAUCAAAAUAUUCAACUCGCCGAUCUCACCAUCACCAUGACAAAAUCAAAAUAUCCGUUUCGUAUCCGUCGAACGACAACAUUAACGAACUCUCACAAAGCAGUGAAUCAAGCAAUGCCAUGUACUCCGUUCACUAUACCGCCUCCAAUGGCAGAGAAACCCAUGAAACGCAACUCUUCCGCGGCAGCCGGGACAGCAAUUGUUACCUUCAGGUUGGCAAAAGCAUGCCCGAGAUGUCCCGCCGACAAUCGGCCACAAGUGACAUAUCAGAAAGAGGCCGCCCUUGUCCGAACAAGAAAAUGGGGCGCCGCAAUAUAAAGGCUCAGGUUAAAAGGUUUCGCAUGGAAACAAAGGCAGCCAAGACAUUGGCGAUAAUUGUUGGAAUGUUUGUAUUUUGUUGGCUACCAUUUUUCACCAUCUACAUUAUACGGCCGUUCUGCGAAAAUUGCAUAGAUCCGCUCUUGUUUUCGAUCCUUUUCUGGCUGGGUUAUUGCAAUUCGGCCGUCAAUCCUAUGAUCUAUGCAUUAUUUUCGAAGGAUUUCCGGUUUGCUUUCAAACGCAUCAUCUGUCGGUGUUUCUGCUCAGGCCAGAGUAUGUCCAUGAAGACCAGUCGUCGAGGAUCGGAUAUGUCCCAAGUUCGGAUUAAAUGCCGAUCGCCGAGUAUAACACCCAGUGCAGUGGCUCAUUCAUUUGGUGAUGAGCAUGAACAUAUACAUGAGUUAAGCGAGCCCAGAUGACGUUCAUUCGGCCCCAGUUCGAGCUCGCAGAGCAGUUUUGGGGUCCGAAAAUGCAGUUUGAAAGUUCCUGUUUAUGAAAUAUGUCAUCCUCUAGUUAUGGACUCACCAGGGUACUCCUAUUCAGCCAAAGUAUAAACAAAAAUGUGUAUAUUUUGUUCUAUUAAAAUGUACCUUCUUUAAAUAUUUUGUUUGAUUUAAUACUUAAAAAAAAAAAACAGCUUAAACAUUGUUAUUUACGAAUAGGAACAAAUUAUUUAUUUUAAUGCAUUUGUAUAUUAAAAGCGCUUUAUAAAACCAUCAAAACACAUAGUUUAGAAAUUAUUUGUUUAAGAUAAAUUAUUGAUUUUGAAUUAAUUUUAUAUACGUAAUAAAUAAUUGUUAUUAACUUUUUGAGUUUUUAAUU